AUGGUAACAAGAAAACUUUUUUCAACUUUUCAGGCUGGCUUUGGAAAUCACUUUGAAACUGAAGCUGAGGAGGGCGCUCUACCGAAGGGUUAAAACUCUCCACAAAAAUGCCCAUUAGGAUUAUAUGCAGAACAACUAUCUGGAACUCCAUUCACCUGGACAUAUCGCAUCUGGCCCACUGUGCUACAUAAGCCAUUCAAGACUUGUGAUACAGAUAGAUUCAAGAACUGGUUGACAAGUUUCGAUAGAGAUGACAGUAGAUUGCAUGUAUCGCCAGUUUAGUAUAGAUGGAGUGCAUAAGAGAUCCCAACCGACAGAGAAGUAAACUUCUUUGAAGGUAUUCAAACUAUGGCUGGUGCUGGAGGCCCAGAAUUGAAAGAUGGUAUGUCGAUUCACUUGUAUGCUUGCAAUAAAAGCAUGUAGAAAGAGGCAUUUUACUCUUCUGAUGGAGAUCUUUUGAUUGUUCCCCAGCAAGGAGCUAUUCUUGUAAAAACAGAGUUAGGUAGAUUGAGAGUCGAGCCUUAGGAAAUAGUUGUUGUACAAAGAGGAGUUAAGUUCUUGGUUGAGGUUUUAGAAGGCAAUUCUAGAGGAUACUUAUGUGAGAUCUUUAAGGGCCAUUUCGUAAUUCCUGAUUUGGGGCCUAUCGGAUCAAAUUGCUUAGCAAACCCUAGAGAUUUUGAAACCCCAGUUGCAUAUUAUGAGGAUAUAGAAGAAACUUGGACUGUGAUAAAUAAAUUUCAAGGAAAGUUCUUCUCAUUUGAUAUCCAUCACUCUCCAUUUGACAUUGUAGCCUGGCAUGGAAACUAUGCUCCUUACAAAUAUGAUCUAAGAAAGUUUAAUACAAUUGGUUCAAUCUCAUACGAUCACCCUGAUCCAUCUAUUUUUACAGUCUUAACUGCUUAAACAGAUGAUCCAGGCCAAGCUGUUUGCGAUUUUGUUAUCUUUCCUCCUAGAUGGUUGGUUCAAGAGCACACAUUCAGACCUCCAUACUAUCAUAGAAAUACUAUGACUGAAUUUAUGGGUAAUAUUGCAGGAGUUUAUGAUGCUAAGGAGAAGGGAUUCGGCCCAGGUUGCUCAAGUCUGCAUUCAGCUAUGAGUGGACACGGCCCAGAUAGCGGAGUAUUCGAAAAGGCUUCAAAUGCAGAUCUUAAACCCUAAUUAGUAGCUGAAAACUCAAUGUCCUUCAUGUUCGAGACAGCUUAUCAAUUGAAACUCACUGAUUACGCUGUUGAUGAUAAGCAUGUUGAUACAGAAUACUAUAAAUGCUGGGAGAAUCUCCCUAAACUAUUCAAAAAGUGA